AGGCUAGCGUUAUAGUUCAGUCACCUAGUGGACCCAACAACCCGAAUCCUAUGGCACCAUUUGACCACUGUAACCUAUUGCUCUCUGCCUCUCUCUCUCUCUCUAUAUCCCUCCUUUUUUGUCAACACUCUCUCUCUCUCUAUCUCCUUCAUUUCUUUGUAUCUCUUUUUUCCUUCUUCUUCAUCUUUGAUGGUGUUGCUGCAACUAUGGCUGUAGAGCUCAUGAUGGGUUACAGUAACGAAAAUUUCACAACCAAAGCUGAAGAGAAUGCUGUCCAAGAAGCUGCAUCUGGUUUAGAGAGCGUGGAGAAGCUAAUCAGGUUGCUUUCUCAGACUCGUCAACAGUACCAUUCUUCUUCUUCAUCUUCAGACCCUUCGAUGGAAAUAGAAAUGGAUUGCAGAGCUGUAGCUGACGUCGCCGUUUCGAAGUUCAAGAAGGUGAUUUCGCUUCUGGGUAGAACCAGAACCGGCCACGCUCGCUUCAGAAGAGCCCCUUUGGCUCCUUCUGCACAAACCCUAGAAACAACACAACCUUCUGAACAACACAGAGUCUACCAUGCAACCCCUUUGCAGCAGAUCCCAUCCACACCAACACCCACCCUUCUUCACCACAACACCGAACCCCCAAAAAUUGAUAGGAAGGACUCGUCCAAGACCAUUAACUUCUCCUAUUCUUCUUCUCCUGCUGCCAAUUCCUUCAUCUCGUCUCUCACCGGCGACACCGAUACGAAACAACCGUCGUCGUCGGCGACGGCCGCCACGACGACGACGACGGCUUUUCAGAUCACGAAUCUGUCUCAGGUUUCAUCAGCGGGGAAGCCUCCUCUUUCGUCUUCUUCGUUUAAGAGAAAGUGCAGCUCUGAGAAUUUGGGUUCUGGCAAGUGUGGUAGUUCCUCUAGCCGCUGUCAUUGUUCGAAAAAGAGCAGGAAAAUGAGGUUGAAGAGGGUGAUGAGAGUACCUGCGAUAAGUUUGAAGAUGUCUGAUAUUCCACCAGAUGAUUAUUCUUGGAGAAAGUAUGGACAGAAACCUAUUAAAGGAUCCCCACAUCCAAGGGGUUACUACAAGUGCAGCAGUGUUAGAGGGUGUCCAGCGCGCAAACAUGUAGAGCGAGCUCUUGAUGAUCCAUCUAUGCUGGUUGUUACCUAUGAAGGAGAGCAUAAUCACUCCCUCUCCGCGGCUGAUGCUACUAAUCUCAUUCUAGAAUCAUCUUAAGUCUUAAAACCAAUUAUCCUUUUCCGGCCAGAACCGCAAGCCAUUGAUCAAGGUUAUGAUAUUUCAAAGGGGCAAUUGAUGGCUUGUAGAAUUGCAGCUUUACUCAUGAUACAGCUUUAGUCCCAUUUCCCUGUACAAUAUUGGAUUCCUUUAUCUUUUUCGUUCUCUUCAAGGCUGAAAAUACUGUGAAUCCGUUACCAUUUUAAUUUUAAAAAAAGGGAGUCAAGAUGGUGGAUUUGGUAAUGGUUUUGAAUCUCAA